UUUGACUCCGCCCACUCCGAGUGGGCAUCUCUAAAUGACUAUGGUUCACACGCCGAGUUUAGGAUGCUCAUGGUUUGCCUACGGGGAGAUAGGAGGACGUUGUCGAGGCACUGCCAAGGAGGUGAGUUCAGGGAAAGUCCCUUUUCAGCCUCAAACCACGUUCACCACCUCUAUAAUAUCCAGUAUGGCUGAAAAAAUGCCUUCAUGGACCUCAGAAAGGUUUGUUGAUAAAGUGUACAUUUCAAAGAGAAGUAUCAGGAAAAACUUAAUAAACAAAAUGCACUAUGUUUCCCACGUGCCCUCAGAGAGUGUAAAAGUGAACACUGCUCACAAAGUGGAAAGUGACUCUAACCCAUCUGAUAAUGACGAUACUGACUCCCUCUCGGGUAGUAGUUACACUGGGAUGAUUUAUUUAAACCCACAAACACCUACAUGGACUCUGGCUGAGAAGUUUGCUGGGCUCAACUCUGGAGAAGACAAGAGACUGUCUCCCAAUCAGGACCUCUGUAGUCCUCCAGGUUCCCCCGCGGCCAUUGAACAUAAUAUUGCCAAUAGGAGAGGCUCUACAGGUCUGGAGGGGUUCUACUCAGACUCGUCACAACAGGAGGAAGGCAACAUCAAGAAGGGUACUAAAAGACGUCUGCAGAGGAAAGUGUGUAGCGGUGAUCCUUCCGAUCUGAAGCUGCGUCUGGUGAGAGAGAUCAGGCCCAAACCCAAGGAUGCUCUGUCUGAUGUGCGUUGUGAUGUGCGUGAUGUGUGUGAUGUACAUGGGAACAAGGGGAAUUGGAAAAGUGGAGUACCACUAGUUAUUCCCCCUCCACUAAACAAGGCUGUGGCUAUGAUUGAUGCCUGUGAGGAUAAGGUGCCUAUAGUGUUUGCUGCCAUGAAGAAACGUGGAGUGGAGGGAGACACAGAGAACCGGCCCUACAAGUGCACUCACUGCAACUGGGCCUUUAAGAAGUCCAGCAAUCUGCAGAGUCAUCUGGAUACUCAUAGUGGCCUGAAGCCUCAUAUAUGUGACCUGUGUGGCAAAGCCUAUUCUCACCAAGGCACACUGCAGCAGCACAAGCGCCUGCACACUGGCGAGAGACCGUACCACUGCCCGUUCUGUGAAAAGACGUAUAUCUGGUCCUCCGAUUACCGCAAGCACAUUCGCACGCACACCGGAGAGAAGCCAUACGUGUGCGAGACCUGCAGCAAGGACUUUGUGCGCUCCUCGGACCUGCGGAAGCACGAGCGCAACAUGCACACCAACGAAAAACCCUUCCCGUGCACGCAGUGCGGCAAGACCUUCAACAAGCCACUGUCCCUUCUCCGCCACGAGCGCACUCACCUGGGCGAGCGGCCCUUCUGCUGUCCCAUCUGCGGGAAAGCCUUUGCCGUGGCCAGCCGCAUGGCAGAGCACCAGAAGGUGCACACCGGGGUGAGACCCUACACCUGCCUGGUCUGCACCAAGUCCUUCACCAAGUCCUCCAACCUGCUGGAGCACCAGGCCGUACACAGCGGCAUCCGCCCCCACAAGUGCCCUCAGUGCGGGGUGGCGUUCGCCAUGGUGUCCCGCCUGGUCCGUCACCAGCGUGUCCAUACCGGAGAGAGGCCCUACGACUGCACAGGCUGCAGCAUGUCCUUCAGCCGCACGGCUGCUCUGAAACGCCACCAAGAGCAGACGUGUGCCGGGAGGAUCUUUGUGUGUGUGGAGUGUGACAAAGCUUUCCAGUGUGCGUCUCAGCUCACAGAGCACAUGGUGAGCCAUGAGUGACCCUAAUGCUGCUGCUGCUACUGCUGCUUCUGCUGUCGAAAACACUGAAGACUGAUUGAUGCUGUUUGGGAGCUACCCUCUCAUACAGUACACACUGUUGGUCUAAUCAACCUUACUGAUCUCUGCAUGCUACACUCUUAGAAAAAAGAGUGGAGAACCCUUUUUGGUUCCAGGUAGAUAGCACCUUUUUUUGUAGGACAAUGUCCUGCUAGGCUGCUAAACCUUAAAAUACAGUGCAUUCAUAAAGUAUGCACACCCCUUGACUUUUUCCCCUUGAAGUGCCCUCAGCCUGUAUG